UUUUUUCAAAAAAAAAAAAAAAAAAGGUAAAGGAUAUACCAUUUCUUCUUUAUUCACAUUUAUUGAAUGACGACAGAAUAUAAAGAAUGGGAAGAAAAUAAAAUGUCAAAAAUAGCAUCAGAUUGCAAGCUAUAUGAAAUGGUUCAAUAUCAAUGUGAACCUAAUCUUGACCAUCUAGAAUGUACACCAUUCGUAAGACUAUUUCUACGAUGUACAGGAGCACCAACUGUAGAAGUGACACCUGAGUAUGACCAAGACGGUAAUCCUAUUUCAAGGUAUGAUAUACAAUGAUACAAUAGUACUAUUUUAAUAAUGUAUAUAAAUGCUUAGUAUAUCAUUGUCAACAGUAACGUCACCUUCACCGAAUGUAUUAAAAGAAGAGGAAGAGGAAAAGCUAAAAUCAGCUUGAUAAAUUAAUAAUAAGAGAUAAAUUAAUAAAUGCAUAAAGUUGAUUUAUCAUUUCCUCUAAAAAGAAGAUAUUUAUUUAUAUAAUAAUCUUACUUGAUUGUAAGCCUUAUUUCUUUUCUUUUUUUCUUUCUUUUUUUUUUUUUUU